ACGGAAGUAAAGGGCGGAUGACUGUUUCGCAUCGCUGUCUCUGGCUCGAGACGGAGCGGGUGGUUUUUCAGGAGGGAAACUUUACAAGGUUUAACGGGAUUUGAGCACGAUUAAUUCAUUUCGCUUAAUUACUAGAGCCAGUGCAGCCAUACUGAAAGGAGUCCACAAAUCAUGUCAGGCAUUGCAUUGAGCCGGCUUGCCCAGGAGCGCAAGGCAUGGCGGAAGGACCAUCCUUUUGGAUUUGUUGCGGUACCGACAAAAAACCCGGAUGGAACCAUGAAUCUCAUGAAUUGGGAAUGUGCUAUUCCUGGCAAAAAGGGGACUCCGUGGGAAGGAGGCCUGUUCAAGCUGCGCAUGUUGUUCAAGGACGAUUAUCCGUCUUCACCUCCAAAAUGUAAAUUUGAGCCUCCACUCUUCCAUCCAAACGUGUAUCCAUCAGGCACAGUUUGCCUAUCGAUACUAGAGGAGGACAAGGACUGGAGACCAGCCAUCACAAUAAAGCAGAUCUUAUUAGGUAUCCAGGAACUGCUAAAUGAGCCAAAUAUCCAGGAUCCAGCCCAAGCAGAGGCUUACACGAUCUACUGCCAAAACAGAGUAGAAUAUGAAAAAAGAGUUCGAGCACAAGCCAAAAAAUUCUCCCCCUCGUAAGGGCAAAGACGGAAGGAAUGGGUUUAACAAGAAUCACCUCCCGGCUCAGUCUCUCUAUGAAUGUGCUCCUCUCACAUCGGGACUUGCUUAAAGACUUCUAUUUAAACUCCACAUUCUGUGCCAUCCGUUCUCCUCUGACCUAUCAGUUUUUUGUUUUGUUCUUAAUUGCCGGUUGGCGCAUAAUGCUGGGAGGGAAUGGGUGCUUCAGCACCCUGGUAAUUUCUUUUUAAACAAUAAUUGUCUUAUGUCGUGCAAGGGACACAGCUUGGUACCGGUUUCGUCAACUCCCAUGCAAGCUGACUGUCAUCAAUAUUUCAAGGAAGAAAAUGUCGUUUUGUUUUAUUUUGCUCUUUCACAGGGUCGGUUUCUUUUUGUUUCCUCCUUUAUUUUCCAUAAAUUUAAUGUAAAAUUUAGCUUACUUCAUUGUCAGUAUUUCAACUGCUGUAUAAUGAAUGGCACUUUUAUACUGUUGUAUCUCACUAGUGUCUCUAGAUGGCUCUGUCUAA